CAAGUUUAGCUCAAUCUCUUGUUCUUCUUCUUCUCGACUGGAUAAACCUCUGGCCACGCCUCAGGGUUCUGUGCUUUCUUCACUCUUUUCUCUCGACUCGGGCUCUGCACACCAAAAAUGGCUUCCAUCUCAUCCAUACUAACCCCUACCAAUCUCAUUCACACCUCCAAAAAACCCACCGAAAUUUCACAAGCUUUAUCCUCUCAAUUUCUCCGGCCAAUCUCCUUUCACCCUCCUCAUAUCCUUCUCCGCAUCUCUCCCGUCGCCGCCAGACCCCCCACGAGACUCUUCGCCGUUGCAGAAGCCGCGACGCAGGGUGCCAGUUCGGUGGCGGAAAGGAAAUUGUACAUUGGGAACAUACCUAGAAAUGUGAAUAAUGAGGAGCUUACUCGGAUUGUCCAAGAACAUGGGGCUGUGGAGAAGGCUGAAGUCAUGUAUGACAAAUACUCUGGGAGAAGUCGCAGAUUUGCCUUUGUUACUAUGAAAACAGUUGAAGACGCAAAUGCAGCAAUUGAGAAACUGAAUGAGACAGAAGUCGGAGGACGAAAAAUUAAAGUUAACAUAACAGAAAAACCUGUGGUUAAUACAGUUGACCUGUCAAUUCUUCAGGCAGAGGAAUCUCAAUUCAUUGACAGUCCUUACAAAGUAUAUGUAGGAAACAUUUCGAGUACAGUUUCUACCGAAACACUCAAAAACUUCUUCUCUGAGAAGGGUAAAGUUCUCAGUGCAAAGGUUUCACGGGUUCCAGGUACCUCGAAAUCAAGUGGCUACGGUUUUGUUACCUUCUCUUCAGAGGAGGAAGUCGAAGCUGCCAUUUCAUCUUUUAACAAUGCUGUAAGUAACUUGCUUUGGUUCUCAUAUGAUUCAUAUCAAAAUGCCGUGGCUCUGAUAUCGGUUUAUGCACACUCUACCUCUCUUUUUAGUCCAUAUCACAUAUAAUGUCUCAUGGUUUAAAUUUCAUGCAUUGGCAACACUCUUGCUCCUGUUUGGUUGACACUGUCUAGCAGAGAAUUCCUUGUUUCACUUUCUGUUUCCCCAAACAAGUGCAUCUUUUUGCUAGCA